ACUCUCAAGUCUCAACUACACCUUCCACCACUUUGAAAAAAAGUUCAAUUCACAUCACAUUGAGUCUGAACAUUCCUUCCACCCAUUCUUCUUCUUCUUCUCAACCCAAAACAAUGAAUAAUAGAAGCGGAUUCAGAGAAGAGAAACCAUGCUGCUACUUCCACCCAAAACAAGUAGUAGUUGGUGUUUGCCCUUUGUGCUUGAAUGAGAGGCUCCUCAUUGUAGCUGCAACACAGGGCCAACACUCCAAGAACCGUUCCUCCAAAGCUUCAAACAAGGUUCAAAGUUCUGUACACACAAAACCAGCCUCUUCCAUUCACAAGAUCUUUGCUUUUGGUUCUCUCUUCAGUCGCCAAGAAUGGAAAUCUGAUAAUUUUGACUGUGAUGUUACCUCUCCCAGUCCAGAAGACUCAUUUAUCUCAAUCAAGUUUGAAGAUAAUGGAGUGGCCUCGUGGGAAAAGAGCACGGUCUCUAAUAAGGUGUCCCUUGAGAAUUGCAACAACAAGAUGUCAUGGAACCAUCACCAAAACAACAAGGGUACCACCACCACCAUCAAGAGCGUGAUAGAGCAUGGCAAGUCACGUGAUGCGUUUAGGUGGCGAAAGCGGAUAGGCCACAUGUUCCAGCUCAUCCGGUGGAAGAAAGACGUGCCACGUCAGCAGCAACACCAGCAAGGUGGAAGGUGUGAAGGUGAGAAAAGGUUGGAUGAUGAGGACUCUGACAAAGAGGAAGAAGACCAUGGAAUAAAGAGGGGUCUUUAAAGAAAGUGACACCACCAUAUGUGACUUUGGUACCUCAACUUUCAAGGGUGAAAUUAAAGUUUUAUCUAAUACUAUCCAUAUGGUAGAGUCAAAAUUAGCUUUGUCAAAAAUGUGCUUUAGAUUACAAGAAAGAAAAAGAAAAGGGCAGUAGUGCUUUAAAGAGGGGUUCUUCUUGUAAUUCUCUUACUUUUUUUUUUCUCUCUUUUUCUAAUUUCAACAUCACUAUAUAUAUUAUAGAUGGUACAGGCUGUAAAAGGGUUUGUUGAAAAAUAGUUAAAUAAGAUGAAUAUUUGAUUAAUCCCUUCCA